AUGCAUUUACUUGAUGAAAAUUUCAAUAACAAUAAUGUUAGCGGUAAUAGUAAUAAGAAUAAAUCUCCAAUUAAUUAUAUUUCAAAACAAUUAGCCAUAUUAAAAACACCAUGGCAUGAUACAACCGGAAAUACGAAAUGGAAUGGGCAAAGAUAUUAUAGAAAAGCUAAUGAGUAUGAUGAUAAUAUUGAGCUGAUUGGCAAAGCAAAAUUCAUAAAAGAUGAUUUUGAUUUGCAUCCUUCUUAG